AGCAUCAGCUUAUGUUCUUCCCCCCUCCUACUCCGCUCGCUCCCAAUACUUCCGCCUCUCUCCACUCUUCGGCUCCCAUCUCAAACCUAUCUCGAUGGCCCUCUUCCUCCCUCUUCCUCCACCCCUCGCUCUCAAAGGCUCCUCCUUUCUCCCUUCUCUUCUCUUCCCGCCCGUCCUCACCUCAAUUGCCGGCGAUCGCCGGCGGCGGAGGCCCUUCUCGCCGAGGAGAUCCGCUCCGGCGAUGAUCGCCAACGGAUACGCUGGAGGGCGCGCCUCUAUAUCCUCCCGGAGGCCCUAUAAAAGGAUGGACCCGUGCCUCGUCAUUCCCCCGCCCGCCGGCCGGAAGCCCCACGCCGUCGUCAAGUUCUUGGGCGGCGCCUUCAUCGGGGCCGUUCCGGAGGCCACGUACAGCCAUUUGAUGGAGUUGCUUGCGAAGGAAGGGUUUCUUGUGGUGUCGGUACCUUACCAUGUGACCUUUGAACAUGAGAGAGCAGCCAGGACGGUCUAUGAGAGGUUCCAUGCUUGCAUGGAUAUGCUCUUAGCCUCUGGGAUUCCUGAUGCUGGUAUAACGCCUUCGGAUAUUUCAUGCCUUCCACUCUACUCUGUGGGUCAUAGCAAUGGCGCUCUGCUUCAGAUGCUCAUCGGCAGCUAUUUCUCAGAGAAGAUUCCAAAGGCCAAUGCUAUUAUCUCGUUCAACAACAGGCCAGCUGCAGAGGCUGUUCCAUAUUUUGAGCAGUUUGGCCCCAUCGUUAGCCAAGUUAUGCCUCUAAUGGAAGCAUCACCUAUGUACUCCAUGGCUAGGAAUGCAUCAGGAGAUGCAUGGAAAGCCCUGCUGGAUACUGCUGGCACAUUGAUACAGGAUAUAGAUCAGGAAGCCAUGGUAUCAUUUAGUAAAUUUGUUGAUCAGUUACCAUCAGUCAUGAAUCAGGUCACUCAAGGUAUAUCAGAGUUCAAGCCCACACCCUCUGAAAACCGUGAAUUUUUCAAGAAAUCAUACAGUGUUCCUCAUACAUUGCUGGUGAAGUUCAAUAUUGAUGCCAUUGAUGAGACUGACCUCCUUGAAGACAUCUUGAGACCUCGUGUGGAAUCUAUAGGUGGUACACUAGAAAAAGUUACUUUGUCAGGAAAUCAUCUCACCCCAUGUAUACAGGACUUCAAAUGGCAAGUGGGAUAUCAGUACACUCCAGCAGAUGCUCUAGCCCAGAGCUUAAAAUCCUUAUCCCUCAAUGACACCAGAGUACUUGCCAGAACCGUUGCGGAUUGGCUCAAGCGCCUCAAUCCGGAGGGAGAAGACAGAUGAAUCUUCAUCACAUUAAAAUUUUAAUACAGAAAACUCACAAGUUUGUGUGCAUAAAGAGAAAUAAAAGUAGAGCAGUUUUAAAAGAAUCAUGCACUUGUGAUGAGAGGUAUGCUUGUCCACGCACUCGGAACCACAUAACUGGUAUUAAUAAUUUGUUUCUUGCUUGAAAACUAAUUCAAGUACUAUGAUAGCUGACACCUGUACUUUCGACAUUCUUGUCAUACUACAAUUGCUAAUAACACAGGAAAAAGUCCAGUUAUGAAA